CAAUUUGGAAAAGAAAAAAGAAAAGCACACAGCGAUCUGUUAAACGACAAGUCGUUUAAACAUUGGAAAUUCAGGAGAAAGAGGAGAAGAGACCGCAACUCCUUCUUCCUCCGAUGCGUUUACUGUUAGGGUUAACUCAGCCAUAGAUCGCACGCUUCACGGUACCGCUCGAAUUCUGUUUUUAGGGUUUUGGUUGGUGCUUGAUAGUAGUAGAUUGAAUUGUGAACAGUAUGAAUUAUCUUCUCGGAGCUUUCAAGCCUGCAUGCAAUGUCCUCAUCUCGUUUACUGAUGGAAAAAACCGUAAGCAGGUUCCAUUUAAAAAAGAAAAUGGCCAGUCAGUUACAGUCCCUCUUUUCCACAGUCAAGAAAACAUUGCUGGAAAGAUUACAAUAGAACCAAUGCAAGGGAAGAAGAUUGAUCACAAUGGCAUAAAAGUUGAGCUCCUUGGACAAAUAGAGAUGUAUUUUGACAGAGGGAAUUUUUAUGACUUUACUUCCCUUGUACGUGAACUAGAUGUUCCUGGAGAAAUUUAUGAAAGAAAAACGUAUCCAUUUGAAUUUUCUACUGUUGAAAUGCCAUAUGAGACAUACAAUGGGGUGAAUGUGAGGCUUAGGUAUGUCUUGAAAGUGACCAUUAAUCGUGGUUAUGCGGGAAGCAUAGUUGAGUACCAGGAUUUUGUGGUUCGCAACUAUUCUCCACUUCCACAGAUUAAUAACAGCAUCAAGAUGGAAGUUGGAAUAGAAGAUUGUCUGCAUAUUGAAUUUGAGUACAACAAAAGCAAGUAUCACCUGAAAGAUGUUAUCAUUGGCAAGAUAUACUUCUUACUUGUCAGAAUCAAGAUAAAAAACAUGGACCUUGAGAUCAGACGCCGAGAAUCCACAGGAUCAGGGACCAACACCCACGUGGAGACAGAAACAUUGGCUAAAUUCGAGUUGAUGGAUGGUGCUCCUGUCAGAGGUGAAUCAAUACCGAUCAGACUGUUCCUCAGUCCUUACGAGCUGACACCGACUCAUCACAACAUUAAUAACAAAUUCAGUGUGAAGUACUUCUUGAAUCUUGUGUUGGUUGAUGAAGAGGACAGACGGUAUUUCAAGCAGCAGGAAAUCACAAUGUAUAGGCUGGAGGAAAUUUCAUGAACAAUUGUCAUACAGAGAAUGAGUAUUAAGUUUGUUGAUGAUAGUAAUAAAGAUUGUGAUGAACAUUGAAGAACUCUCAUUCAGGAAUCAAUCAGAAUCCUGUUUUUUCUUGGGGUAAAAUGGUUUGGUAUUCAAACAUGCUUGAAAUUCAAGAGUUGCAAUGAUGUACAUUGACUGAUCUGUUAUUCAAUAUCGAAGGAAGCAUUUAUUUCUGCGCUGGAUCGUUUAUAUUCAUGAAAAUGUGUUACAUAUAUGGUCGAAUAUUUAUUCUGAUAUAUUUAAGACUCUGGUUUCUGUUAUAUGCAUUGUACUACCUCAUGAAACAAUGAUGUCUUUUUUUUUCAA